CAACGAGACAAGGUCUUUACAAUCUGUCUUUCUAACAACGAUAUCAAAAACAUAUCAAACGUUUUCCUCAGUUCGCUUGGAAGAGAAAUGGCGAGGAAAGAUUCCUUUGGUGGCUAUGAAGAGGAGAGAUUCAAAGACAAAGUAGACAUUAAACUACAGUGCUCGAUUUGUCUCAAGGUCUUAAAAGAUCCAGUACAAUGCCCGAAUGAGCAUUACUUCUGCGGCUCGUGUAUUCGAAUAAAUCUGCGCGAAAACGCAGAAACUUGCCCGAUGUGUCAGCACCAUCUGACGGAAGAAUAUUUGACCAAACCACCGAGAAUCUUGACGGACUUCUUGCAGAAUCUCAUGAUUCGUUGUGAUCACGAAAACCGCGGCUGCCCAGAAUUGGUCAAGCUUGAAUUCCUUGAUCGGCAUGUUAACAGCUGUGGCUAUUCACCAACACCUUGUACAAAUGCUGGUUGCGCAGUAGUGAUGAACCGACACGAGAAAGAACGACACGAACGUGAACAGUGUCAGUUUCGUAAGAUCGUUUGCGACGAGUGUGGAGAACAAGUAAUAUGGAAGUCAAGUCGUGUACACCCGUGCUUCAUGCGAAAAGAAAUGGACGAUUUAGCGAGAAGAUUGAACGUUGUUCAAAAUAAUGUGAGGAAAGUCAACGAUGAAAUAAAGCAAGUGAAGCUGACUCAAGAGGAAAUGGAAUAUAUUACAAAAGAAGCAACUGAGAGAAGUGACUGGUUCACUGGGAAACAGAAGAUUUUCGUUUGUGGAGGGACCGAUGGCAAGACGCGUCUAAAUUCCAUAGAGUCAUACAGCUGGCCCGAGAAUUCCUGGACAUUGGAACCAGCAAUGAAAAAGGUACGAGCAGCCCCUUCAGCAUUUGUCCAUGGUCGUGAAAUAUAUGUCAGUGGCGGACGGAAUGAAACCAAGGCCACUGACAGUACUGAAACUUUAAAUGUUGACGAAGAACACGUAGAAUGGACUUUGUCUCCUGUCAAGAUGCCAUUGAAGUGUUAUUCACAAAAAAUGGUUUGUCACGAGAACAGUGCGAUUUUAACUGGAGGACUUAGUGAUGGUGACAAUGUUUCAGAUGGGAUUUAUGAAAUCAGUCUAGAUCCUCCAUAUAACUCAAAAUUAUUGACCCAGAUACCAGAACCAAGAUGUUACCAUGGCUGUGAGAUCGUGAACAACCAGGUGAUGGUAGUUGGAGGAAAUACAUCAAGAAACUUCAAGCACGCUACAAACACUGUGUACGUACAUGACCUGAACAAUAAUGAAUGCAAAACCUUACCACCACUGCCAUUUCCUAUUGCUGAGAUGGCUACUGUUAGUUAUAAAGGUAAUGUAAUUUUGAUCGGAGGUGUUAAUGAGAAAGGUCAAUCAUUAAACAGUGUAGUACUGUAUAAUGUGAAAACAGGAAAAAUUAAAAUGUUGCCUCGUCUUAAUCAUAAAAGAUCAUUAUGUGCUGCAGUUACCACUGGCAAUGUUAUUAUAGUCAUGGGCGGAUAUGAUUAUGAAAGUAAAACAUGUCUCAAUUCAGUAGAGUAUUUAGAUUCAAGUACCAAUAUAUGGAGAGAACUGUCGCCAAUGACAACUAAACGAAGUGCACUAACUGCAGUUUUCAAGCCAAUCUGUUAGAAUAUUCGAUAGAACUGUUAGG